AGCUGUAAUUUUGCCAUAACAAAACAGGAAUGGCGACUUACAGUUCGUGUGAGAGUUCUUCAGCACCCAUAGACUUCCAUUUAUCCUCGUCGACGGACGACUACACCUGCAGGAUUUCGACUAAUUACCAGAAAUGUCCAUUGUGUAAAAAAUCCCGCUGCAAAUUCUACUGCAGGGACUGCGUCAGGAGCGGAGACUUUGUCCGUUCGACUGCGCCCAUGGUGGACAGGUUUUCUGAAAUGAAAAUUCAGCUGCAAAGAAAGAAAAGACUGAGGACGGAGGUUCAAGAGAGCUGUGAAAUCAUUCUUCGAAAGAGAGAGAAGGCUGAAAAACUGAAAAAUGACAUAGAUGCGUGUAAGGAUCGAAUAAAUUUGCUGAGGAAAAUCUCUUCUCAAUGCAAGGAAAACAUUACUAAAAAUAGAGCAUUAGCACGGAAUUUAAAUGAAGUUAAUAGGCAACGUUCCGAGCGGCUCCCCAAGUACCAGGAAAGAGUUGCUCGACUGGAGACGAUUGCUCGCCAGUCAAAUGAAAAAGUGGAUGUCCACCGAAAUCAACUGGUGGCCAUACAGCAGAAACUGAAAGUUGUUGUCUUGAGAAGAUCAGAGCAGUUGCUCAAAUACAUUUUUCCCAUUACUGAAGUCAUUCCGCCUUCGAGAAGUGAAUAUUCUGACGGUCUAGAGGAUUCGGUCACAAGUGCAAUAGCUGAAGCUUCGCAAAUGACCUUUGUUAGAGGUCAAUGGGUGUCCAGUGAUUGCUCUGGAGAGUUGCACCACUGCAUCGUGGCACCAACCCUGCCCAUUUCUGGCGAUUAUUCAGCUUACAGCAUGUGGGUUGCUGCAAAUAAAGAUGGUGUGCCGGGCGCAGGAGUUUCAGCCGACAAAGUUGAGCUCAACCCAGCCUACACUAUAUCAGCAGCACUCACCUACACUGCUCAGCUAGUCAACGUUCUUGCCUUUUAUUUGGACGUCCGACUACCUAGAAAGCAGUACUACAGUGAUUUUUGUCAGCAUGAGAUGACGGACCAGCAGUUUGCUAGACGUGUUGCAAGGCUGAACGCAAACGUUCUUCACUUAUGUUUUUCGCAGAAUAUUUCUCCUUCUGUAUUACAUCCUACAAGGACCCUUCACAAUUUGCUUCAGUUGUUUAACAAAGACGUCAGCGACCUUGGAAGGCAAGGUCCAGUUGAAGUUGACACAGAUCUUGUUCGAUCCUUGGAGGAACAGUUGAUUCGAGAUUUAGAGGCAUUUGACGGAGACGAAGAAGAAACUUGUUCAGACGGUGAAGAGGAAGAUUACCUGCCAGGCGAAUGGGAAUCGGUUCCUUCACUGCCGUACCAAGAAAGUGGCGCUGGCGCCCUUGUCGGCCGCAGUUCGACUGAUGGCAGGGCUUUGGUUUCUGCUCAGGGCAGUGCAGUUGGCACCAGCGUAGCUGGUGGACUUGUGACUAGUGCGGCUGCCAGCAUUGCGUCCCUCUGGCGUGGUUGGACGGCUGGUGGCAAUACCAAUAGGUGAUAUUUUUGUUAAAGCGCAGAUAUUGUGCUGAUUGUGCAAAUUUAGUUUAUUUCAAUGUUAAAAAUACUCUUUAUAAUUUGUGGACUGUAAUAGUUCCUCCGCACAUUUUUUUUUUAUCUUUGUAAUGGACCAAGAACUGCAAUCUUAAAGCUAAUAAAUACAGAUUUAAGCAUAUAAAAUAUUU